AGUGCAAAUGAUUCAUUACUCCAGCAUGAUCAAUAAACUGGCUUUGGCUGACAGGAUCAAAAUAAAGUGUACAAUAACACUUUAUGCUAGUUAGCAAAAUGCUUGACCAGACAAUAACACAUUUGUAAGACCUGCUGUUAAUUUACUAGUUCCGUAUAAAUUAAACGGCAAACAAAAGCACAGACAUGCCCGUAGUGUAUGGCAGUGUUGGAUGAAGUAUGGUGGUGUUGGACACAUAUUGUAAUACUCACUUGUAUGUGUUAACAGCUUUACUCCUUUCACUAUGCCUAUUGUAGCAUGGUGGGUUGAUAAACCUGCUAAGAAGUGUGUACAUUUCAUCAAUAUAUUUGAGCCAAACUGCUACAAGGAAUAUCCCACCAAAGCACGCCCCCUAAAAAACCAGUGAGCAUUUCUCAGAUAUGAGUCACACCCUUAGCCUGCCCAUAUAGCACAGUAGUAAGGACGCUAUCUCCUGUCUGCGGUUGCACUAUAAACACAGCAGCAGCAUUAAGAAGGGAACAGGUACAUACAUUAGAGCAGAAUCCCACGUGACCAAAGGCUAGCUAGACAAAAAACUAGUGACCCCUCUGCAUCAAUGGCAAACAAGGAGCAAAUCAAGCAGACUGCAGCAAUGGUGCUGGGCGGCUUGGAGAAAGUGUCCUCCUUUGCCUCCACCAUCAACCCUCUGUUUGGAAUCGUUACCACAUUGGUUGGUGUAGUGAGGAAAGGCCUAGUGGAAGAUCAAGCCAGUGAGCUGGACAAGGACUUCCAGCAGAUUCAUGACAAGUUGGAGAGCAUCUCUGAGCAGAACAAGCAGCUGCUGGACCAGAUCCAAAUUUCUGAGAUCAACAAAAACUAUGGUGACUUGGAAAAGAACAUCAAGUAUCAAUACCAAGCCUUCAAAACCAUGGUGGACCGAAUCAGGAAGGACCCAGAAAAAGACGAGCGUUACAGAGAGGAUUUCAAGAAAAUCUAUAGAAAACAAAAGGGCCGCCUGAAUUUGAAUGUGUACUAUCAAGCCGUCAUGGAAGACCAUGGUCCUUUUGGGAGGCCACUACUGAAAUAUUAUCUAGACCAUUGCAACAGGAACAGGAAGAUCAUGGAGGCUAGAUGCGCUCAUCUGGCCAACCUUUUCCACAUCGGCCUCAUGGCACUGAUGGCCUACUAUGUGGUCACUGAGGAUGAUGAGGAUGAGUUCAGGGAAGAAUGGGGCCAAAAGGUCAUCAACAUUCAGACCAAGAUGCAAGAAGUCCUGGAUGAGUGUAGUGAGUAGGAAUGAUACCAAAUUCACUGAAAGAUUGUUAAACCACAGCGGUCUUGUACUGCAUUAUAAUGUAGACAGUGAUAAACAAAUAAAUGUUAUUCAUAUUAUGAGCAAUGAGAACACUAUUUUUUCUCUUCUUGUAUUGUUUCUAUGCCUUUUUAUUGGAUUAGCACUUAAAAAUCCUAUCUUUGAUUCAAUUUUAACAGAUUAUGCAACAUCUUAUAUGACUUUAUAAAUCUAAAAGUGUUGCUGAAUGUAUAGUAAAGCUGUAUAUUGCUGUAUAAAGCUGACCAUACUGUUUCAUUAUUUUAUUGACUAUUAGCUUGCUAUAUAUACACACACACACACACAAUACUGUGAAAAAGUCUUGGGCACCCUAUUUUCUUUAGUACAAACUUUGUUAUGGAUUUUUAUUUCAUGACUUUCUACAUUAUCGAGUCAGUACAGAAACAUUUAAACAUUUUAGAUAUCCAAACAUUAGUUUUCCAGCACAAAAUGAAGUGUUACAGAAAAACGUUUGUAUGUCAGUAAAGAAAGCAGCAUAUUAAGUGGUAAGAGAAACUUUUCAGACAAAAAACACAAUUAAGGCUGCUGGAUUUUGCUGCAAAAGUAAGAUGAAAGUGCGACAGUCAAAGUCUCCAGAAGAACUGUGGCUGGUUCCGCAAGAUGCUCGAUAAAACUUACUUUACUCAGAGAGAGAGUCAUAUUAUCAUCAAGUCCCAGGAUAUCUUUUUAAGGACAUAGCUCACUCCAAGCUGUUCAGGUACACUAACCACAGGGCAAUAUGCAAAUUAGCGUGUCUUGCAGCAGUAGAAUAGUGACAUCUGCAGGUCUUACAGAGAAUUACAUUACUACGUUAAACCUGGAAACACUUUUGUGUAGAAUCUACACACGGUAGUCCCACGCUGUCAUAAUAAGAGUUUUAAAAACAGUGCCUUGCAUCAUUCUUCACCCAGUUGUUUAUGUUAUAUGUCAAAAUAGCCCAUAAUUGUCAGGCUAAUCCCCUCUUUACCCAGCCACUUUUCUAGAACAUUUUUUGUUUUUUUGUUUGCAUAGGUACAGCUGUGUGCAAAAGUUUGGGGACCCCAACCAAAUUCCAUAUUUUAUUGAUUGUUAAACUGAAAAGAAGUCAGCAAAACCACUGCAGCAAACUAUUUUUAAAAAUCACAUUUUCCUGCGAAUGUUAAUGCACAAUUACGUUAUAUUUGAUGAACUAAAAAAAAGUUCUGAGACUUUACAGAUAGAAAGAUGUCCAAGUAAAUGAAAUGGCCAAACA